AUGGCCAGUGAGACCAGUAGUACCACCACCAUGACCACCUUCUCCGCCCCGAUUCCUGCUACCAAAUCGCUGCCUACCAAUCAGUCAGCGCUAGCGGCUUCUUUCACCAACUUCCUCACGGUCUCUGUCCACCAAAUACUGUUCCUGCGCUCCGUCUACCCGCGCGCCACGUUCCUCCCGGUCCGGGCAUACAACUAUCCUGUCCGACAAUCUCGUCACCCUAAGGUGUGUGACUAUAUCAACGAUGCAUCGAUCGCAGUCGGGACAGAGAUCUUGAAAGGCACUAUCACCGCAGUCAGUAUCAUCAUUUCAUCUUUGCGCACAAAUCAACCCCUCGAGCGAUAUGCCUUUGAUCUGUCGGGCUUCCCUCGCGCCCCAGCUGGAGAGGUGAAUACCACAUUUGAAGGCAGAAAUGAAGGUUCAUCCACCAAUGCAGGUGCGCCCGGGGGCCCCGCACCGACCUCGGUCGACCUCGAGGCCCAAUUCCGGGCCUGUCUGGCCCGACUCGCGUCGGCCUGUGCACGAUUGACUCCCUUGCCACGCGAUGAUGAAUUCAGCUUCACCGUGUGCAUCGAAGUAAGGGAGGACGCCCUUCCCCCGGCAGGAACCACCAACGAAGAGCAAACGUGGAUCGUGGCCGAGCCCGGCAAAGUACACCUGCGAUCCUGCACCGCCCCCUACUCCGUGUCCAAAGUGCGAAAUGGCGACCCCCAGCAGCAGCAAGCGUCCCCUCCGGUCUCGAACGGCCGCGCUAAAACAGUACCGGUACGACGUGUGGAGGCCGGGGAACUGCGCCUGGAGCUGUGGGUCGAGGAGGCACGGCAGAAAUUCAAUGAACCGGUGGACUCCGAGCAGCCUCCUUGA